AUGGAUGAUCAACAUAAAGGAACUCUUAACAACAUUAAAACCUGUAAUGUAAAGCUAGAAAGCUUGGAAUCCCAAAAUACCAAUAAUACUAUAUUUCUGUUUGCUUUUAUCAUUUUGUUAAAAAAUGGGAGCUCGCAAAAGCAUCCUGCUGGAAAAUCAAAACUUGACAUUGGAGUUAAUUUCAUUCAAAAGCUAUGUGAUUCUUAUGUGCUCUCCCAUCUUAAUCCGUUUUCUCUAGCUAGUGGCAGCCUUUGUUUGAAGCAUCCAGAUAUAUUUCAUAACAAUGACAUGCUUGAUAUAAUGUGGCAUAGAGGACUAUAUGAUUCAAAUCUCUUGAUUGGUUAUAGGAAUCCUAAACCUUUAUGUCAUGGUCAACACUCUUUGACCCUUCAGCAUUCAAUUUCACCAGAGGUUAGGAUCCAUGGAAUUCCUAUGAACAAUUUCUCCCAAUCUGCAAGCCAAGGUUUGAGUUUUUCAAAAUUGUCAAUUGGGUUGGAUUUUGAUGAGCCCUCGACCUCUAAAUGGAGAACUUCAACAGGUGUACAAUUUAAGCACCUUCAUUUUAUCAAUGAUUGUGAUCAAUCUAUAAGCCGAGAUCUAGAUGGUUUUCCAGUGACUUGCAGUGGAGAAUCGUAUGACAAUAUGAUAGUGGCUGAUCAAAAAACUCAAUUUGAAGACAUAAAUUAUCACAGUUUUAAUCACUUCAAUUUACAAAUGGAACAAGGGUUGUCACUUCGACCGAACUUGCUAACAUUCAAUCGAUUAAAAUUCUUUGCUUCAAAUGGAUUUAAACUUGGACCAGUUGUUUUCUCUUCACGGUUGACUGGAGGUUCAAUUGUAGGAUCAUUUGGUCCACAUCAAGCAUUUACAAUUGGUGGUGCCAACAGUGUAAGAGGGUAUGGUGAAGGAGCAGUUGGUUGUGGACAAUCAUGUUUGAUAUCUAAAAUUGAAAUGGCAAUCCUAUUGAAUGAGAAAGUAACAAAUGUUUUUUUCCUUGAUAGUGGAUCUGAUUUGAGAAGUAGCCAUAGAGUUCCUGGAAAUCCAGGACAGAGGCAAAGUAAACCAGGAUAUGGAUAUGGGAUUGGGUGUGGAAUUCGAUUUAAAACUAAGUUGGCUCGAAUAAAACUUGAUUAUGCCAUCAAUGCCUUUCAACAAAGAUCUUUCUAUUUUGGAAUUAGUAAUAAUCUAGCUAUAUGA